GACAGGGCGCUGGGUCAGCUGACAGUAACUUCCGGUGUUGUGAAGAGUCGUGUUGUCAAAAUGGCAGGGCAUGAGCAUCACCACUUAUCUCUGUGUUUCUGCGAUUUAAUGAGGUUGCUGUGGUCCCUGGUCGUACCAUGCGCUUACCUCAGUUUGUUCCUGACCCUCGUCCUGCUUCUGCUCCUGCUGGGGCUCCGCGUGUGGCUGCAGGGCCGACGCAAGGCCCGCCGGACCCAGGACGGCGGGCCGGCGGUGGCUUUCUUCCACCCGUACUGCAACGCUGGAGGAGGCGGGGAACGGGUCCUCUGGUGCUCCCUGCGGGCGCUCAUGCAGCGGUAUCCUGGUGUCUCCUUUGUGGUUUACACUGGAGACCAGGGCGUGAAUGCCGAGCAGAUUCUGGAGGGAGCUCGACAGCGUUUCAAUAUCACGCUGCCUCGACCGGUCACUUUCAUCUUCCUGCGUCAUCGAAUGCUGGUGGAGGCCAAUUCCUACCCUCACUUCACCCUGCUGGGGCAGAGUGCCGGCUCCAUGUUCCUCGGGUGGGAGGCGCUGACGGCCUUCGUUCCUGACUUGUACGUGGAUUCUAUGGGUUACGCCUUCACCCUGCCAAUCUUCCGCUACCUGGGAGGCUGUAAGGUAGCGAGCUAUGUUCAUUAUCCCACCGUGAGCACCGACAUGCUGUCUGUGGUCAGAGAGAGGAAUGCAAGAUUCAACAAUGCUGAUUUAAUCUCCAGAAACCCCGUGCUGAGCGCGGUGAAGGUGGUGUACUACUGCUGCUUUGCACUGCUGUACGGCCUCGCUGGCUCCUGCAGCGACGUCAUCAUGGUGAACUCCACCUGGACGCUGGGCCAUAUUCUGGCUCUCUGGCGCUCCCCGAGCCGCACCGGUGUCGUCUACCCACCCUGCGACGUUAGGGCAUUCCUGGAGAUCCCGCUGGAAGAGGAGGACGAUGAAGACGAGAUGGACGAGGGCUGGGAGGAGCUCGGGCAGGAGCUCGCAGGUGGAGAGGAAGUGGAAGGCAGUGGAGGAGGAGGAGGAGGAGGAGGAGGAGGGGACAGGAAGUGCCACACCAUCGUGUCAGUUGGUCAGUUCAGACCAGAGAAAGACCAUCAGUUGCAGAUCAGGGCGUUUCGUAAACUGCUGGACAGGAAAGGGGACGGGCCUGGUGGGAGGGAGUCACUGCGGCUGGUGUUGAUUGGUGGAUGCAGGAACCAGGAGGACGAGGAGCGGGUCCUGAUGCUGCGUGGACUCUGCCAGGAGCUGGGCGUGUCCGACCGCGUCGACUUUAAACUCAACAUCCCCUUUGAGGAGCUGAAGAGAGAGCUGGUGAACGCUACCAUCGGUCUGCACACCAUGUGGAACGAGCACUUUGGCAUAGGUGUGGUGGAGUGUAUGGCUGCAGGCACUAUUGUUCUUGCCCACAAGUCCGGUGGUCCAAAGCUGGACAUCGUGGUGCCAUAUGAGGGCAGACAGACGGGCUUCCUGGCCGACAGCGAGGACAGCUACGCUGCUGUCAUGGAAACCAUCUUGGAGCUGUCGCCAUCAGCUAGACUGGAGAUUAGACGUAAUGCCCGAGAGUCCGUGGAGCGGUUCUCGGACCAGGAGUUUGAGGCUAGUUUCUUGGCUGCUAUGGAGUCUGUGAUGAAUAAAUUGGAGCGAUGAGGAAGAACAGACGAGGCAGCUGUCCACCAAGCAUCAGGACGUCAUGAGUCCUGUUGUAGUUGUAUUUAAAUAGUCUACACAGAUAUAUGUGAUGAAGGCGCAAAGGUCAUAUCCAUUUUUAAAAUUAAGCUAAGCUUACAGUUAAGUUUAUUAUACAGAAACGUCUGGUGGACACAUGGAGCUAAUAUUCUUCUUAUCACAGUGAGAAAUAAGCAAAAAAGAAAAAAACCUUUCCGGUGACUUUGCAUGUGUCCAACCUGUUGGUGAAUGUGAAAGUCACGGACGACAGCAGAGCAAAACGGAUGGAGAUGAUCUGCCAGCAAAAAAUAAUAAUAAUAAUAAUCUGACCUGGUUUCAGAAAUACAGUCUGUGACCGUAAUUUAAAAAAAAAGGUACACAGUGUGUUCAUGUUAUGAAUUAUGUUUUCAUUACUGUAUAUUCACCCGCUUUAUAUCAAACAAAUCAACAGCUGACUCUAGAAAGGACCUUUUACAUUUUUACAUUGAAGUGUCAGCCACCGUUGGACAGUUGGUUGUGAUCUUCAAUCACACCACUAGAUGCCACUAUAUUGUACAUACCAGUCCUUUAAAAUACAGAUGUGAUGAUAGAUAACAGACAAAAAAGACUUAACUGUUUAGAAAACUUUGUUAGUCACAUCUUUCCCAGUGGGAAUUUAGGAUUUCCAAGUUGAAAAACCUUUGGGAUAAAUAAGAUGAGAAUAUUAUUAUUAUUGAUUUCUUAUUUCUGUGAUACUGGGUCCAGAAACAGUCUAGGCCAGCUGGGCACAAACAGUGGAAACUGCAAAGCUACGUAAACAGAAAAAAGAGACAUGUUUGCAAUCCAGCUUUUGACACAUAGAUUAGAAUUGACCAAAUUUUGACCAAAUUUUCAGACAUCAGCUUCUGUUCACUCGAGCUCUACAUGUGAGGGGAAUUGAUAGCAGGUGGAUCUUAUUCUCCAGUCUGUGCCAUUAAAUCACUGUAGAAGAAGUCCUGGGAAGAUCUCCAGUCAUAAUUCAAUGAUGGAAACAUGAGAGGAUAUUUCAGAUGUCCUAUAUUCUGUUUUCACUUGUAGGAACACAAGAAACAUGUAAAAUCAGACAGCUUUAAAAUGUGUUUUCUUAUUUGAUGCUUCAUGUGUUUGUGUUGUGCUAAGCUAAGCUAAGAUAAACUGUCCUUACAGCAUCGUUACAGUGGAGAAUAAACCGACACUGAACGCGGGAAGAGACAGAGACGUUUAUUUCAUAGUUACAUUCCCGGCCACGCAAUGUUUGCUAAUGUAGAAUUGAUUAAUAUCUAGUUAACACGAUUUAUGGUUCUGGCUUUGUUUCUAUGAUGGUGUGUUGCUGUCCAUAACAGACACGUAGUGGCUUGAAGGAAGUUUAAUGAAGACUUUUCUUUGAAUGCUUUCUGUGCACAUGAGAAUCACUUAAACCACAGUGUGUUUGGGCCAAUAUUUCUCUUAUUUAAAUGUUUCACCUCCUGCAUUCCUGUUUGUGAUGAGGUCCAAGCAUGGAAAUAUGUUUUGUGUAUAAUAUGAAUUAAUCUUUACUUUUAAAGAGGCAUUACUACUACUUAGUCUUAUCUAUAUGUAUAGAGGAUGUUUGUUUCACUCAGAAACUUAAGUUCCACUUGGACAAUACUGCAAUAAAUGCAAUCAUCAUACUCUUCA